AUGGAGGAGCCCCCUGUUGGGGGCAACAGCAGCACUGAGGAGACAGGAGGGCCAAAAGAGAGCUUGGUGAUGAUUGAGGUUAAGAAGCAGCUGUGCCUCGCCGGGCCCCUCAUCGCCGGAUGCCUGUUGCAGAAUGUCGUGCAGAUGAUAUCGGUCAUGUUUGUCGGCCAUCUCGGUGAGCUCUCUCUCUCGAGUGCCUCCAUCGCCACCUCCUUUGCCGGUGUCACCGGCUUCAGCUUGUUGUCUGGCAUGGCAAGCUGCUUGGAAACACUGUGUGGCCAAGCCUUCGGGGCAGGACAGUACCAUCUGCUCGGCAUCUACAAGCAGAGAGCAAUCCUCGUGCUCACUCUGGUGAGCGUUGUGGUUGCGGUGGUCUGGGCGUACACCGGGCAGAUCCUCCUUCUCUUCGGCCAGGACCGGGAGAUUGCCAUGGGGGCAGGGAGCUACAUCCGGUGGAUGAUUCCGGCAUUGUUCGUUUACGGACCGCUGGAGUGCCACGUCCGGUUCCUCCAGACGCAGAACAUCGUCCUCCCUGUGAUGGCGAGUUCAGGCGUCACGGCGCUGAGCCACGUUCUUGUGUGCUGGUUGCUGGUGUGCAGGUUUGGGCUGGGCAACAAGGGCGCUGCCAUGGCCAAUGGCAUCUCGUACCUGGCCAAUGUGUCAAUCUUGGCUCUCUACAUCAGGGUCUCUCCAUCGUGCAGGAGCACCUGGACAGGCCUCUCAAAGGACGCGUUUCGCAACAUCCUUAGCUUCAUGAAGCUUGCCGUGCUAUCUGCGCUGAUGGUUUGUCUAGAGUGGUGGUCGUCUGAGCUGCUGGUACUUCUCUCCGGACUUCUCCCAAAUCCUAAGCUGGAGGCAUCGGUGUUGUCCAUUUGCUUGAACACAGUUUCAUUAGCAAUCAUGAUCCCCUUCGGUCUUGGGGCAGCCAUAAGCACCCGUGUUUCAAACGAGCUUGGUGCUGGGCGACCUGAAGCUGCCCGUCUGGCUACUCGUGUGAUCAUGGUUCUGGGCCUCGCGACGGGUGUGGUUUUAGGACUUCUUAUGCUCUCGGUGCGCAAUAUAUGGGGGUACGCAUACAGCAACGAGAAGGAGGUGGUGGAGUACAUUGCGAGAACGAUGCCGCUUCUUUCCAUGUCGAUCAUUUUCGACAAUCUGCAAUGUGUUCUUUCAGGUAUUGUCAGGGGAUGUGGCUUGCAAAGGAUUGGAGCUUGUGUCAAUCUCAGUGCGUACUACCUUUUCGGCAUUCCAGCGGCGCUAUGCUUUGCCUUUGUCUUCCAUCUUGGCGGAAUGGGGCUGUGGUUGGGAAUAAUCUGCGGGGUAGUUGUGCAGAUGCUGUUGCUGCUGGCCAUUACCAUCCGCACCAACUGGGACAAAGAGGCUCUCAAGGCAAAGAACAGAGUUUUGAGUUCGUCCCUGCCUCUAGACAUGACGACAUGAACGUGGAACAAGAUGCACAAAUUCUCUUGGCUAGGACCAGGAGCAGGACGAUGGCUGGGCAAAGGAGAUAAGGAACUCGUGAAGAAUUAAUUGGUCACCGCUUAGUCACCGGCAAAGAAUGAUCUGUUUUGGUGAUUUUUGUCCAAGAUGAGAUAGAAUGGAUAUUUUCACAGGCAAAGGCA